CAGCACCAUCAGGAGAAUCACACAGGGGUCCAUUAUGCCUCUACUGGUUGACAAGAAUGUGGGGAGGUACUCUGUGAGAAAUUCACAUCAGAAAAUACUCAGCUCUUAGUUGUUUAGAGAAAGGCUGCUUGGAGAUCGGAACCCCACUUCAGACUGUCUGCUAGGGGUUGCAAUAGUCUACUGGAGAAGAGGGGGAGACCUUUCUUUGAAAUGUCAAUUGAGCCUGAGUUCUUGGUUUUAGUUUUUAUUUGCUUCAUUGUAAUAAUUCUUGGAUAGAAUCUCAAAUUAUAUAGGCUUGGCAUAGAUCAGCCUUGGGAACAAAUUAUUUCAACUCUGUCAGUGGUUUUGGGGGGCUCUGUAGUGCUGGAUAAUCACAGAAGGGUUUCUGAAAUUCAGAAACAUAUAGACUUCAGAAUCAAACUCUUAGCAAAGUUUGGAUCUAGACCUAAAAUAAAUUUUAGACAAAUUCAAAACUCUGCAGCUUUGGCAUCGAUCAUAAUUGACACCAAGUUAUUUACUCUUUGUACACUGGGAUUGAUUUGUCUUUUUUCCCUGCUGAAGGUGAGACCGCCACUCCGCGGGCCAUCCUCACUGGCCAUGACUAUGAGAUCACCUGUGCUGCCGUCUGCGCUGAACUAGGUCUGGUGCUGAGUGGUUCUCAAGAAGGGCCAUGUCUCAUACAUUCCAUGAAUGGAGACUUGUUAAGGACUUUAGAGGGUCCUGAAAACUGCCUGAAACCAAAACUCAUCCAAGCGUCACGCGAGGGUCACUGUGUCAUCUUCUAUGAAAACGGCUGCUUCUGCACCUUCAGUGUGAACGGGAAGCUGCAGGCCACCAUGGAGACCGAUGACCACAUAAGGGCCAUGCAGCUGAGCAGAGAUGGGCAGUACCUGCUCACAGGAGGAGACAACGGCGUGGUUAUAGUGCGGCAGGUGUCGGACCUCAGGCAGCUCUUUGCCUACCCGGGCUGUGAUGCUGGAAUCCGGGCCAUGGCCCUUUCUUUCGACCAGAGGUGCAUCAUUUCUGGCAUGGCUUCGGGAGCAUCGUUCUGUUUUACAACGACUUCAACCGCUGGCAUCACGAGUACCAGACCCGAUACUGAUGGUGGUGAAUGCACCUUGGUCCUGUCCCCGGCCGAGCGAGGAAGGACUCCGAUCAUCACCCCGUAGAGAUGGCUCUCACAUCUGAAUGUAACCUAAAUUUGCCUGAACAAGCAAAAUAUUUUUAAAAGUUAAUUGCUAUUUUUGUAGACUUUGCUUGACAUUUGGGGGGUGGGAAACAGCAAAGCAGAGAACCGACUGCUGGUUUCUGUAGUUUAAAAAAAUCUAUAUUUUUAGUCAUAAUGAAAAGUCUAUUUUCACCAAUUAUGGAUACAGACAGUGGAGCCAAUAACCCCACUAAUUCUAACUAUGUUGUGAAAAACCAUUUCCCGUUUAUCUGGAAUCUUGAGAAAUCUGAUUUUAGCAAUAGGGAAAUGGACUCUAACACUGGGACAGGGGAAUUUUAUUCUGUACCGGGUCCUGUAUUUUUCUAGACAAUUGUGCUUCUUCAGUGCUGGAAUUUCUAGGAUUUUAAUAGUAAUGUUUAAAUUAUGACAAAUGUAAU